AUGUCUUCACUUAAUGCAGCUGCUCUUCAAAAUCUUGACGAGCCAUCUCGUAAAGAAAUCAUGCAAUUUAUAGAAUCUGAACAAUCCAAGUCAAAAGUCCAAUCAUCAAUCCACGGCUUUACCGAUAUGUGCUUCAAGAAAUGUUUUAAAGAUGUUCCAAUAACCAACGGUAGUUUGACUUCUAAUGAAGAAUCAUGUCUUAAGAAUUGUUUGAACAGAUUCUUGGAUACUAAUAUUAAAGUUGUUGAAGCCUUACAAACUGGUCGUUAG